UUGUAUCAGGAGGAUCAAAUGAAAAUGGAAGCAUGCACCACAGCCCAGAUUCUGAUGGAACAUUUAUUUCUUACAGCAAAGAAUGGGAAGAACUAUUUGUAAACAACAAUUACUUGGCAACUAUACGGCUGAAGGGGAUUAAUGGGCAGCUGAGAAGCAGCAGGUUCCGUAGCGUUUGCUGGAAGUUAUUUCUAGAGGUUUUACCCCAAGACAGAAGUCAGUGGAUUAAAAGCACUUCCGAAUUAAGAACAUCUUACAACAAGAUCAAAGAGAUUCAUAUUACAAACCCACGGAAAGCGGGACAGCAAGACCUGAUCAUCAACAAUCCUCUGUCUCAGGAUGAAGGUAGUCUAUGGAAUAAAUUUUUCCAGGAUAAAGAGCUUCGAGCAAUGAUUGAACAAGAUGUGACAAGAACGUUUCCUGAAAUGCAGUAUUUCCAGCAAGAGACUGUGAGGAAAAUUCUUACAGAUGUUCUGUUUUGCUAUGCCAGAGAAAAUGAGCAGUUGCUUUAUAAACAGGGGAUGCAUGAACUUCUGGCUCCCAUUGUCUUUAUCCUGCAUUGUGACCACCAGGCUUUCUCACAUGCCAGUGAAGCUGCGCAACCAAGUGAGGAAAUGAAAGUUCUUUUGAAUCCUGAAUAUCUGGAACAUGAUGCCUAUGCAAUGUUCACAUGUCUUAUGAAAACUGCAGAACAUUGGUUUUCAACUUUUGAACAUGACAGUCAGAAGGAGAGAGAUGCAAUGAUUACGCCUAUGCCAUUCGCAAGGCCACAGGACGUAGGCCCAUCUAUUGCUAUUGUAACUAAAGUAAACCAGAUUCAGGAUCAUCUGCUGAAGAAACAUGAUAUUGAACUGUAUAUGCAUCUGAACCGACUGGAAAUUGCUCCACAGAUUUAUGGACUGCGCUGGGUAAGGCUCCUGUUUGGGCGAGAAUUCCCACUUCAGGACCUGCUAGUUGUAUGGGAUGCUUUAUUUGCUGACAGUAUCACCCUGAACUUAGUUGACUACAUUUUUGUAGCCAUGUUGUUAUAUAUUAGGGAUGCCUUGAUUUCAAGUAAUUAUCAGACCUGUUUGGGACUUCUGAUGCAUUAUCCACCUAUUGAAGAUGUUCACUCCCUUAUCCUUAGAGCACUUUUUCUCCGAGAUCCAAAGAAAAAUCCAAGGCCAGUGACACACCAGUUCCAACAGAAUUUAGACUAUUACAAAGCACGUGGAGCAGACUUGAUGAAUAAAACCCGGGCCAGUGCUAAGGCCGCCCCGCUGAACAUCAACAAAGUCUCCAACAGCUUGCUCAACUUUGGCCGCAAGCUCAUCGCCCCCGCCAUGGCGCGGCUCAUGAAAUCCGAGAGCAUGCCAGUCCAGCUGGGCAAAGGCCAAAAUUCAAAAAACAUCAGUUCAUCUCCAAGCAUAGAGAGCUUGUCUGGCGGACGUGAAUUUACAGGAUCUCCUCCUCUAUCUGCAUCCAAAAAGGAUUCGUUUUUCAGUACAAUCUCCCGAUCCCGUUCCCAAAGCAAAACUAUGAGCAGAAAAGAAUCU